AUGACUUUACCACGUAUGGGUUUGAAGGGAAAAGCAUUCCGGUUGAACAAAUCUCUAUAUGGUCUAAAACAGAGUGGAGCCAACUGGUAUUCUACUAUUAAAACCUAUUUGCAACAAGAUUGCAAAUUACUAGAAAUACCAGGAUGGUCCUGCGUACUCAAAAACGACGAAAUAAUUGUGUGCUUAUUUGUCGACGACAUGGUUGUUAUGCCAUCUGACUUAGCAUAUAAUAUGAAUUUAGUAAAGAAACUAAGAAAAAAAUUCGAUACCAAAGUUGUCAAGUCAGGUAGAUUAGACCAAGAUGGGGUAGCACAAUAUGACAUACUAGGGCUAGAUAUCGAAUACAGAUAUGGAAAAGAUAUGAAAAUGGGAAUGGAAAAGAUCUUGGAAGCUAAACUGAAGACAUUAGAUGUACCAUUAAAUAAGUCAGGAAAGAAGCUUAAAGUACCCUCACCUCCAAACACUUAUAUCACUAAGGAAGAUUAUGUAGCCACAAAAGGCUACAAAAAGAAUGUUAAAACGGUUACAACGCAAAAUUGGUUUGUCCUCUCAUGCCUGCUACAAAUUCAUUGA